UAUCCAGAAAAUCAAUCCUGGGAAGUGCCCAGAGUAAGCAUUUUCAUAGAAAAGGUGAUUGGUCAAGGUGCGUUUGGACAAGUUGCUAAGGGGACAGCUUUACAGCUGCGAGGGGUAGAGGGAACGACAACAGUGGAAAUAAAGAUGUUAAAAGGUAAUCAAUAAAGUUGAGUACAGUAUAAUAAAAUGGGGUGGGGGCAAAUCGGAUCACUUAAUGUACUUAUGAUUAUGAGUUUGAUUAUGAUUGGGUGCUGUAUUAUCAUUAUUCUCAGCUUCUAGUGAGAAAACUAAUUCUGCCUUCCAAAAAAUUUCUCCGUAAUCUCAGAGGGACAUAUAAUUCCACAAUAUUAAAACAGUCCACUGAAAAACCCACUUCUGAAAUAUGUGACCAUUCACCGAUCAUUCCUACUCUAUAAGCUGUUCCAAAUGAAGCUAGCUUUCUUUUGGGGGAGAGCCUAGGGCACCUCUUGUAUGACCUCCAAGUCCUUUCUAUUUCAACACAAUAAGAAACUAUUGCUGUCACCAAAUUAAAUCAUGCAUCUUAACCAAAUCUUGCAGUUGACGCCCGCGAUUCUGACAGGACGGACUUGUUAUCAGAGCUUGAAGUGAUGAAGACGUUAAGCUGUCAUCCACACGUCAUCAAGCUACUGGGAUGCAUCACUGAAUCUGGUAACAGAAAAAGCGUUCAUUUUCAAUAAUCACUCAGUCCAAAAUUCAGCUGCUAACUUUUUAUUGAGUUGGUUCUUUUAUCAGGGUAUGUUAUUAGUCCAGAACGACCCUGUUACUCGUUUUGAAGUCACUUCUCCCUCAACAUUGUGUAAUGCAUUUAUUGAAGUCCUGCUAACAAUAGUCCGAAGUGAUUGUUAAUUUAUGAAGUGACUAAUACAGUCGAACCUCUCUAAUACGGACACCGAAGGGACAGAGCAAAGUGUCCGUAUUAGAGAGGUGUCGGUAUAAAAGAGGUCACUGCGAUGACGUCACUUCUAUGACUCCACUUACAGUUUUAGUGGUCAGUAGCUAAAACCGGGCUUACACACUUCUUUAAACUGCAUUCAAAUUUAUUAACUCACAGUACAAAGACAGUGUCUUUCUAGCAUACAACAUUGUACAUCUCAGCUAUAAAGUAAGUACAGUCGUAGACAAAUCACUGUUUUAAAACGAAAUGAGCUACAGCGCAAUGCUGCGAGUAAAAAGUUGUUUCGUAAAUCACAAUUCUGAAAGCGUCUUUCUAUAUUUUGCAAGUGUAGUAAACAGUAACUAGAGUAGUAAAUGUAACAGAAAAUAUCUUUAUGCUAUCUGUAGUUAUCCAAGCUUUAAAAAAGUCGGUUAUGGUCCUCUGUACACCUUUCGAAAAUCGUUGUUUGAUAUACAGCGACUGGGCUUUUGAAAUCACCUUGCAUGGGUCAUCAGCCAGACGGGAUUCACCCUGUGCAGAUUCACCUGAUCGGGAAUCUGAGUCACCUGAUCACAACAGUGUCCGUAAUAAAGUGGUUAAGUUUAUAUGAAUUUACUCUCUGGGGCCGAGAUUUAGUGUCCGUUGUCCGUAUUAGAGAGAGUCCGUAUUAUAGAGGUUUUGUUAAAGAAAAUAUAUGAGAAUUUUGUCGGGACAUUGAAAACUGUCCGUGAUAGAGAGGUGUCCGUAUUAGAGAGGUGUCCGUACCGAGAGGUUCGACUGUGUUUUGAACCGCGCAUAAAGAUACGAGAGUGGAAAUGAUCCAUUUUCGGGUAUAUUACGAACCCACAUCGGCGUCCUUUCCAGUUAGCUUGAUUAGCUCAAUGGAUAGACCAUUGCGUCCGGCGUUUCGCAAGGCGAGGGUUCGAUUCCCAGUUAAGCCUGAAUUUUUUUAGCUUCUUUAAUUUUGCAAAUGCUUAGGUUGUUUAUUCAACUGCUAGGAUCAUUUCCACACUCAAUAAUAUGCAGAACUAGCGCAACGUUUUUCUUCUAUUCAAACUUUUUCUUACCGCUGAAUGCACAAGGUUAGUUAACUUAUCUGCAUAACCUUUCCAUUUGUUGAAGUUAAUAGUUAAAUUGACCAAAUUAUAGCUUGAAUAAAAGAAAUAUGUAAAAACUAUUAUAUAGACUGAUGGUAGCUCAUUGCCAAUGUUUAUAUACUUGUUCCGCAGACCCCAUUCUUGUAAUCACUGAGUACGUUCCAUAUGGGGAUCUCCUGGGUUACCUAAGAAAAAGUCGUGGACUUAAUGACACGUAUUACAAGGACUCUGAUUUCAAGCCGCAAACAACUCUGACGUCACAGCAACUGAUGAGUUUUGCCUGGCAAAUUGCUGAUGGAAUGAGUUAUUUGUCUUCGAAAAAGGUAUGUUAGCGUACUGGAAUGGUUCCUUUAGUAGUUUGGUCAUUUGUUGACAAUAUCAGAAUUUUUAUCUGUUUGGAAAAUUGUAACACCACGCUGAGUAGUAUUAAAGACGGCUAAGGAUAACUGAGGAAAAAUUUCAAAUUUACCGUCGAGGAAUUAAUUUAUUAUGUGGACUGACGUCACUAUAAUUUGAUUGCUCUUAGAUUGUUCAUCGUGAUCUUGCGGCCCAUAAUGUAUUGGUUGGAGAUCAAGAAAUUUGCAAAGUGACAGACUUUGGAAUGGCCAGAGAUGUGCACCAGGAGAAUAUUUAUGAAAGAAAAACGAAGGUUCUCGUUUCGUUUCUGUUAGGGAUGUAUUAUAAAAUGUUAUCCUGCACUGAGGGGGCCUGACAAAACAGCCAACAUUUCGCGACGCCACGAAGGCCUUCUCUGCGGAAUGGCUUCAAAUGUUCAGAAGCUCUACUCUGAUAUGGGUAAGGACUCAUCAUCAGUAAAGAAUUUCUGCGCUCGUUUCACCGACGACCUUUUGCGGGGAAGUGUCGAAAUGCGGGCUGCUUUCUCAGGCUACAUUUGUUCCUGAAGAUAUGCAACGAAUACGGAUAAACAUGUCUUUGCGUAUGACUGAUACAUUUUCACACAUAGUCUUGCUGCUACGGGGAAGAGUUGAGCUGUUUUGCGUAUUCGUGACUACAGAAUACAUUUUUCUCGCAUUUUGCCAUUUGGAUAUAGUCCUUAAGCCGGCUUCUUAGUCUAAAUGUCGUUUUUCACGCAUAUUACUAGUAUUGCUGCCAGAGGGAGGUGUUAAGCUAUUUUGCGUAUUCGCAACAACAGAGUAAAUUUUUCUCGCAUUUUCCACUCGGUUGAAGUCAUUGAAUCUCGCUUCUUCGUCUAAAUGUCAUCAAUUCAUCUGCUUUGAGUUAAAAGGAAGCAAUAGAUGUGUCGGUAAUUUGUGUAUACCUUCUGCUCAAAUUUAAGCUGCACUAAGAUUGGUUUCUUUUUGGUGACUUCGAUUAGUCACUUGUGACUACGAUUGUUAUGUUUUUUUUCGUUACUAUGGCCAAUAAAAUGUCAGAGCAUUUUAGGAGCCACCGACAAAAAUAGCAUGAGUACAUUUACUGACAAGACAUACUAGUAAGAACAACAACUCACAUUAAAUUUAAUUUUUAUAUACACACAACUGCAUCCAAGUUAGCACCGUAUGCAACCGUAAAAGUACAUGCGUUGCAGAACCUAGGAAAGCUCAGGUUAAAGGCCAAUGGUUGGUCCAUUCCUGCUGUUCUUAAUUCGUAGUCCUCGAUGACAGAAACCUCACGAACUGGCCACAGUUGUUCAAAGGUGGAUAACGCUAUCCAUUGGAUAAAUCUUUAACCACGGAAUAGCGCAAUUGGUUGCACAACGCUUAUCCGCUGGAUAGUGAUUUAUCCGGUAGAUAGCGCUAUUCAACGUUUGAGCAACCCGGGCCCGGGUUUCGAACAGUACAAUUCUUGCUCAUACUGUGGCAUAUUUGAGCGUUCCCUUCCCUUUUAUGGUCAAUGAAUCAGUUUUUUAAAAGUUCUUUGCUUGUUUCUUUCAUUAAGGGGCGACUUCCUGUAAAGUGGACCGCUUAUGAAGCAUUAAUGUACGGGCAGUACACGACAAAAAGUGACGUGUAAGUACCUCCAAUCCUCGCACACUGCGCUCUUUAGUUUCCUUUAUAUUAAAUUGUUCUGCAACAACUUCAACUACACAAAAACGUUUCUAGGUAUUUGCCGAAUUUGCGUAUGAUAUAGAAGUACAGUCCAAAAGUAGUAGACAAAUCGAAUCCAAAAAUUCUUGUUAUGCUAUCAUUCAAGCAUUUGCAAGUUUAUUAAUAAGGUACAUAGGCAAGUUCCGUGGCGAUUUCAUGACAUCAACAGAUGAUGUUUUCCUCAGUUGUCGAUAUUCACUGCAUUGCCAGGCAGCUGAGCUGCUGCUCAACUUCUCGUUGCGUGACGUCAAUUGUCCACUAAUUUUCUUUUUCCUCUUUUUUCCCCUUCCUUCUCCCGCUCCUGGCCCAAUUUUGAGUAACACGUAAAUGUUUGUGCGCGUACAUAGUGUAAUUGAACUGUUAUAUCUCAACAUUGACUAGGGGGGACGUUGGGGAUAUUCAGCAAAAGACAAAAAUCCUAACUAUUGUUAAGUUGUACAACCUUCUCAUCUAUUUUUGUCCGUGGUUGUUGUCGUAAAAUCAGGCAAGAAUCAUAACUUGAAUGGCUAUUUAUAAUUACAAAUGUUUCUUACAUUUUUUUUGUUAUUCAAUCGCAGCUGGAGUUUUGGAGUGGUACUUUAUGAAAUAACUACCAUAGGUAUGAUUUUGACCACGAUACUGCUCUUCUUCUACACAGAUAAAAACCCCUCAAACCCUAUUCAGACCGGGAGGCUUUUGAGGCCCCCCUGAAAAUUGAAGCUGAAUAACUUUAAUACCGUCUAAGGCCCUGUUUGCGCUACGACGAAAACGUGGAAUUAGCCUGUGAACAGGCUCUCUGUUUGGGGAAAAAUAGCAAAAAAACGAUCUCCCCAGUCCCCCGCUCGACCAAAGGCCUGUUCACAGGCUAAGGUGGAAUCUAUUUGUUGACAAGAACGCUCUAAAAGCGUUAAAGUCUUGAUUGCUUGGAGAUAGAUAAGAAGUGAGGAGGCCAUUUAUUCUACACGAAACGAGAUUUCCUCGCUGAAGUUUUUCACUUCAUUCUUUAUUCUCCAGGAUGUUUACUUUUUGUAUCGUAUUUGACGAUGAUUGAGUCGUGUAUAAAUAAACAAAUUAAAAAUCGAGAGAGAUUACAUCAUUGCAAGAGAAAAAAAUAGUCCUCUGGGAGGACAUGAGCUUACUGGCAAUGAAUAGUCUGUGCAAAGAAAAGGGCAAUGACAUGUUGCUAUAGUCAGAAGCAUAAACAUUUGUAACGCGUCGUGUGCUACGGGGGAAAUUAUUUUACAAAGACAAAAAUUAAACUUUUUCACUCAGUGCACUUUGUUUUUUCCAAAAUUUUUGUUUUCUAUUGCCAAUAUACGCAACAAUACGUUUGCCAUGCGUUAUCUGUGGAAAACGUAUGUAACGAAACAUCGCGACAAGUGACAACAGACCGAAUGCCCAUCGAAAACCACGCGCUUGCAAAACCAAAUCGUUUUUCAAGGCACUUACGUUCUGCAGUGCCGUGCAGCACGUAAUUAGGUAAGUUCGGCAGCCACAUACAGGCAGGGUUAAAACUUCAAGAGAAAUUCUCGAAUUGAGUUUGGCCAGAUUUAUGUUGCUAUUUCUGUCCAUUCGUAAUUGCUUUAUGUGUUGAUUGAGUUCCACUAGUAAUGAAUAUUUUUCAAUCUUCUGUAGUAUUAAGUGUGGAAAAAUAGAAACGCGAAUGUGUCGCUUUUACUAUGUAAACAUUCAACUAAAUUGUCACAAAUUUACAUAAAUUCAAAACAUUUCAUAUUUAUAAUUUAUAAUUUAUUAAUCAGUUUAUUGACCAGAUUACCACCAAAAGUGGCAGGGCAGCCCGGAUAGAAAGCCAUGGGGCUUAUUACAUUCAGGCUACCCAUUUAAAGACAAAUUCAAAGUUAUUUAUGUAUACAUAAAUGACAAGAAUAAGCUAAGUAUAAGUAAUAAGGUUAAGAGGUAUAAUAAUCUAUGGUAAUAUGGUAAUUUUGCUAUGACAUUUGCGUGCUUAAUCUUGGACAGACAGUCAUAACAACGCUUUAUAAGACAAAGACAGGAAGAUAGCUAGCCUGCGUGGCUGGCGUUUGAAAGGGAAGGGAAAGGGAGUUUUAGGAAAGGGAGUUUUGGGCGCGAGAGAAAAGCGAGGGGCGCGCCAGGAAGGAGGGAGGGAAACGCCUGCCAGGAAACCAUUGUUUUUCUCCUUAUUAACAUCUACCAGGCGAAUAUUAAAAUCCUGAUUGGUCAAAAUUUGAUAAGAUCUAAAUAGCGUGUUCUAAUAGGUCACAUACAUGUCAUUCAGUAACUUGAGUGUUACCAUUCACAACUAAAAAUUUGUCGUUAGUGAAGCGUGUUGUGAUUUCUCUACGGGAAUUCAUCAGUAGAAGGCAUCAAUUUCACCUUCAAAAGAGAAUAGAAAAAAGCAGUUUAAAGAACCGUAUGAAGGAAAAGGCCUGUCAGCAGAUGAGGUUUACUGACUGGUUCUGAAAAGUAUUAUCCCCCAACGGCUUGUCGGUUUUACUCGCCAGAAGAAAGAAACGAAAAAUCAUGCUGCCUGUGUGCUUGUUAUCUGCUGUUUGACCCGCGUUAUCAACGGCAAGAUAAUUGAAGACGAAGCGAUUUAUAACUUUUGGCAAUUUUUGGUCGAGGACUUCUUCUUGCCGGUUAUAAAACCACCAGGAACUUACUUUAAUGAUUAAUUGUUGCCUUCUUGCAGAUCUUCGAAGUUCAGCUCUUCUUUCCUUGCAACCAGCGUUCUUUAGUGUGCUCGGCUGGCUGCGUGACAGCAAAGUGUUUUAAUUUUUCUUAGACAAACAUUGCAUUGAAAGUUGCGAAGAGCCGCUACAUUUCUUAUUAAAUAGUUUUCCAGUCCGAUUCCUUCAGCAACAACUUGAAUAGAUUUAUGCUGGAUUUAUGUAACUCGGCACGGGUCGUUGCAACUUUCAAGGAAGAUUCCUUCGAUGGACGACCGCAUUUCAACUUUUUUAUAGUACCUUUACUUUAGAUUACUUUAGGAAAACAAAAGAAAAACAGUGCGAGAAAUACGACUAGAAUACGUGCAUCGUGGCCAGACUUAUCUGACAGCUAGUCAUUCACAGUUGCGUUAUUUUUGUUAUUUUUUUAAUUAGUAGGCGGGAUGGCGAAAACAAUGGCUUCCUUGCAGGCGUUCCCCUCCUCACUCCUCCCUCGCGCGCCCCUCGCGUUUCUCUCGCGCCUAAAACUCCCUUUCCCAAAGCUCCCUUUCCCUUCCCCUUCAAACGCCUGCCACGCAGGCUAGAGGAUAGCGGGUAUCGAGCACAGUCCCUUCGGCUCCGAAGGUUACGCUUUAGCGCACGUACGGGCACAGUAGAACAUGGCGCGUCAAUUCAAUCAUCGCCUGCUCAUCACGAGCUCAUUUGCAUACAAUGAAAGUAGUCAUGAUUCUUAUCCCCAGUUUCCACCGUCUGUGUUAGGAACGCUGGGAGCAGGCCCCCUGUUUGCGACGGACCGACGGAACAACAACAACAACAAAAACUCUUGCAUUUUUAGAGUCUCGCUGUGCUAAGGCAAAGUCGACUAAUAGGCAAGUUUCGUAUUCCCCGACGGCCCUGGGACGAGCACGAUUGCGAGGCUAAUGCGGGUCAACUUCUUUGCAAAAACAAAAACAAACAUAGGCAAUUUGCCGUUGAGUGGCUGGAAAACGAUAGAAAUCUUUAAAAUUGUAAGAUUUCAAAGCUUAAAAUUAUCAGUAAGGCAAAGGGAUAGCUGUUGCAAACAGCAAAAUUGUUGGACAAGCUGAUCGCACUUAACAGAAGAAAGGAGAAAAGCGACGAAGCCAAAAGAAGAAGUAAUUCUUAAGCUUGAAGAGGGUAAAGUUUGUUAAUGUGACAAUAUUUUAUUCCCUUUAAUUAUGAUAAUCUUACUUCUUAGUACUUCUAUUUUUCUCUUGUGAAUAUCUGUGCAAUGGAGUUUAAACUGCUCAUAGUCUGUAUAAGAUUCUGUGUUCGAGUUCUUGUCGAGUGAGAUGUGCGUACGUUUUUUGAUAAAUAAUGCAGGAUAAAUGUAAGCUUAUGUAUAAAUAAACUAAUACUAUUUUAUUCAUCUUCGUUUAAACCGAUUUAGCUUCCUUACAGUGCAAGGAAUUUAUGCAGAAUGUCUGCCGCGUCGGUUUAUUUUCUUUCAAAUGCACAAGAUUUUGCAUUCGCUUCGUUGGAAAACAUGUCAACUAAUUAAAAAGAAGGUUUCAGUUUAACUUGCAGGCUUCGACAAGUACCAACACUCUAAUGGAAGGUAUGGCUUAAAGAAGUUUUAACCAUCACUGAAAAUAACUUUAAAACGGCUACAGGGUUUUACCUUGUUUAAAGGAUUUUGAAACCAUCUUCGCAGUUUUAUUGAACUCACUCACAGACCACUAUUUCGGUCAAUUUCUGGUUAGGCUCGUUGUUUUUCUUAGCGAUGACGAGCUGAUUUUCGAUUUGCUCUUUGAAACAACGAUUUCUCCAGCCUGUAAGUAAGUUUUGAGACCUUCAAACCUUUCAACGUUUCAAAUUUUUCUUUUUUAAGGCAACUCAGCCGCAGUUUUCUCAUGUUUGUUUGUCUUCUUGGUGAGAAGUGACCCCUGUUAGCCUCGCCUUCGCGCAAAAACAAGCACUCGUCCUAGGCCGCCCGGGAAUACGAAACUCGCCUAUUAACUUAGUGUUGGACAUCUAUGUUACAGUCAAUUGACAGCUGUGUCAAAAAAGGUAUCCGCUGAGCAAUAUCAAAUGACUGUAUUGCGGGCUCAGGUAUGCAACUCAUUGAAGUGACGUAUUUUUAAGGUCAUCCGCUGACCAGUUUGUAGUUUUUAAUUUUUCGCGGACUCAGAUCAAUUUGUUUCAGUUUGCUUUCAUCCUCGGGGACUGAGGGGCACUUAAUCGGGACUAUAGAAUGUUCGUGGUGAAAGUUUACUGUAAGAUCGAGAAGCGCCUCUAGGCACUUACUCUUAACUGCUUCUGAUUGGCCAGAAAAAAAUUCUGGUCAAUCAGCGAAGAGGAGCAGCUGGGUGACUCUGGUGCUUUCUUGCACGACGUAUUUUUUCCUCAUCGAUCGUCGUAGUUGCGUAGCGCGUUCAACUGGGAACGUUUCUCGAAAAGUUGAAUUACUUGGGAAGGAAAUUUCUUAAAGGAUCCUUCGAGAGCUUCGCUUUUGGUCUUGGCUAAAUCUGUAUAGUUAUAAGUGAAUCCAGGCUUUUAUGACAGAUGCUGGGUUCAAUCAGGGGGGGGCCCACGACUCCAAUAGCGCCUAGUACUUGUUUCGUGUACCUAUGAUCCACCGAUUUAUGACAUCACAUCCGGUUGCAGAGUUGCUGCUCUGUUUUCGCGCGAAGCACCAAGAUGGACGCCCGAUGCCAUUUGGUUUUCUCGUUAUUUUAACCCACAGGCUAACGGAAUUAUGUAUCUUGAAUGCUGAGAAUGUUGAGAAGGUAUCUAGCCGGCCUUUCAAGCAAAUGUCAUGACCAAACAAAGAAGUUUUAGUAUUAUUUUAACGAUAAAUAUCAUGCAACUGCGGGGAAUGUCAUGGCGAGUCUUACGAUGUUUCAAAACGAGUGUCGUUAACGUUUUGCGGCUUUUGCGGCGUCUGAUUUAGAGAAGUCAUCAAACAAAAUAUAAUUUCCUGAGCGGAAAAGAAAGGGGAAAACGCCGAUGGCCACAGUUUAAAGUGUUCACCGCUGGAAGGCUGCAUCACGCCCCAUAAAGUUGCAAAAUCUUCUACUCAACUGCCUGGUUUUGAGGAAUGUCAUGGCGAGUCUUUCGCUCUUUGUAAUCGAGCGUCACUCAAGAGUUUGGCUUUUGCGGCUUCUGAUUCAUCGAAGUCAUCAAUCAAAAUUGCCUAUCCUGAGCGGAAUGGAAUGAGCAAAACGCCGGUGGUCAUAGUUUAAAGUGUCAACCGCUUGAAGGCGUUAUCACUGGACGUAAAAUUGCUGAAAGCUCUACCCAACUGUCCUGUCAUGGCGAGUCUUUCGCUGUUUCAAAACGAGUGUCCGCUCAAAGGGUUGGCUGUUGUAGCUUCUGAUUUACCGAGAUUGUCAAACAAAAUAGCCUAUCCUGAGUGGAAUAGAAUGGAGAAAAAGCUGAUAGUCACAGUUUAAAGUGUUGAUUGCUGGAAGGCUUUAUCACUCGUCGUAAAGUUGCUCAAAGCUCUUCUCGACUGUACGGUUUGAGCAAUGUAAUGGUGAGUCUUUCUCUGUGUCUAAUCGAGCGUCACUCAAGAUUUUAGCUUUUGAAUCUUCUGAUUCACCGAAGUCAUCAAUCAAAAUACCCUAUCCUGAGCGAAGUACCGUGGAGAAAAAAACCCUAUGGUCACAGUUUCUGUGUUAACAGCUGGAAGGCUUUGCCAGUUGACGUAAAGUUGCUGAAAGCUCUACUAAACUGAUUUCGAAACGGUCACAUGUUGCGAGCUUCUGGAAGGUUAGUGUUGGAUUUUUAGCAUUUAAAGAGUUUUUAGCCUUUGAAGAUUUAUGUUUAGAACAAGAGUUAAGCCCAAAAGUAGUCCAAUUUGUCAUUAUCUGAGAGAAAUCAAGAAAGUUUGUGCCCUUCCUUUUUUUUUAAGCUUGCAAGUGUAACAUACAUGAAAAGAAACCCUUAUGCACUACUAGUCAUAUUGUUAAAAUGACUAGUUUAAAAUUACUCCUUAUCUUAACUGAUAACUACAACACUUAUUUAAAAAUGUAUCGCUCCCGAACAUGUGUUGAUUGGUUCUUGACCUUUACAGUUGAAAAAAAAAAAUACCACGAUUUACAGUGAUUAUAGUUAUGCAAUUAAUUAGUAAAUUAAAAAAGAAUGUAAUUAAAGUGAAAAAAGAAAACAGCUGUUUCAACUGUUUUAGAGGUUUGAAGUUCUGAAGGGAUCACUAGAGCUGUAAAAUGAGACUCAAUAAGAGGUCUAGUUACUUUAGAACACAUUAGAAGUUUCCUGGAGCAAAACACAUAUUUUGGCUUGGUAAUUAUUAUGAAUUAAGUGUCAGUUAGCUAGGGUCAUUCAUAAUGCUGUACUGCACCUUAUUUUAUCUGACGAUUAUCUAAGGUAUAAAAAAUAAAUUUUGUGUAUUUUUAAAGACUUCAAUAUAUGCUUACUUUUGAAUUUAUAAACAAUAUAUAUUUAAAUCCUACACUGUAAGUCUGGUUGUCGGUGUAGCCUGUGUCGCAGACAUAAUCUUUUGCCAGUUAGUAACAUCUGCAAAGCCGUGCCAAUAUUCUGGGCUGCCAAUCCGAAUGUGUUUCGAUAUUCCUUCAACCUGAUUGGCACACUGACAAUGGUUUUUAAGAGGCCAAUCAUAGCACAUAUGCAAGUGCUAGUUCACAGGUGGGCCACGAAGGGUGCCCAGAAGCAGGAUUUCAGUGCUGUCUCACAGGGGACUUAACCAGAAGUUUAGUUCUGUCUGUGGCACAGGUUAGUCCUCUGGGCAUUAAUGUUUAAAUUAUGUGUUUUAUUUUGCUUAGCUGGGAAGACAAAAAAUAGAUGACAGAAGAGCACAAACAAGAGAAUAUUAAGAAGUAACAAAAAAAGUAUAUCUACCACACAACUCGUAAAGAGAGGUGAAAGUCCAUGAGGACAGAAAUGUUGUUACAGAGCCAUAAAACAUUAAUGUUAAGUACAACUCACUGUCAAAUAAGUUAAAAGGAAGGAAGAAUGCUGACAUUUCGAGGAAUACACUUUUCUGGUUUACGGAAAAUCUGCAGCAACAGAAGACGCUGAAAUCAUGUUGAGCUGGUUCAGGAUGUCAAUUCUGUUUAGGUGGAAUCCUCUGACAGUGUCUAGGCCAGUGUACAGUAGUGUGCUUCGAAGCUCGUCCUUGGUAAGACAUCUCCUGACUUUACAUGCCAACUCUCUUUUAAGGACCUCAAGGCUAAGUGUCUGUUUCCCUGACAUUCACUUUCUUGUCAGGGAUCAGCAAAGUUUAACUAGACGACUGUGUUAACGGUAGUUUUUUUUGUAAGACUUAAAAAACUUCACAGGAAAGACUGAAACUAAUGAUCUUGCACUAAGCAGCUUUGAAGAAAUCAAGGUUUCUGGGGGGAGGCUGUGCUGCACAUAUUUCCCUUGGAGAUAAGAAGGCACCCUGGAUGCAACUAUAGGAAACAAAACUAACCUUGAAUUUAAUUGAGUAUUCACUCACGUGGCUUAUUAGUUUGGGACACCAACAUGGUCUCUGUUUCAUUGUUUUGGGACACCAGUAUGGCCACCGUGACAUCAUGUGAAUACUCUCUAUACUUCAAUCAGUUUCUCAUGUUUAUUUAAUUUUCCAUCCCUAAGCAUUCUGUUCCUCCUGUGGAAAGGAGUUGGUGGUUGUGUUAUGACAACUUCAUCCCUCAGUGUUCUUCAUCCCUUGAUUAAUCAGUCAGGGUAAAGGAUUGUUAAUAUGAUCCUGAUUAGAGAAGAAAGCUUUUAUUAAAGGCACCAUGGUCUAGAAGACCAAAAUAAAUGUAAAACCCUAUCUGACCUCAUUGACAUGGAGAAACAAAAAAGGGAUUGGCUGACACCCAGCAUAGUGAUGUGCAGUAUUAAGCUCAACAAGGAUACAGGAAAAAUCCACAACUAAGAAACUGGUUUAUAAGAACCUGUCAGGCUAAAAUUUUCCAGUUAGGCUGUCUUUAUAAAAGAGCACUCAAAUUUGAAACAGGUUAUUGAUCAUAACCAUUACAUUUUCCUCAAAUUUGAUUGGUGUAUUAACUGCUUUAUUUUUCUUUAAUCAUUGUUUAUAGUUGCCUGUAAUCGGACAGUUAUGUUAGCCAAUCAUAUUAAAUGCACUCAGCUAAAUCCACCAAUCACAGAAGUUAUCACGAUAACCAUAGCAACAAUCACUUACCCAAACAAACUGGGGAUUAAUCCAAAAUGGAUGAAUAUGCAACAUUUAGGCAGUGUCUCGACCAGUGAUAUUUUCCCUUAUUUUGGACAUUUGGUAUGAACAAACACUCUUUCACCAAAAAGGAAUGCAUCUAUUUUCUUGGAAUUUGUAACGGUUAUAAUUAACUGGUAACAGGACUUUGUGUCGUCCAAUUUAAACUGUAAUCACACUCACGAUUAAACAAAUCUGACUCCUGCUUCGCGGUUGUUCAAGUUUGUAACACUUGUAUGAUUACAGACUUAAUCAGUCCUAUUACCAUUAUUUAUAAAAUCUCUUAGAAAAAACUUCUGCACAGUGUACACGUGGGAAAGUAAGAUAAGUCAACAUUCAGUGUCCUCUUUUGAGACAUAGGUGUCUAAUAAUAUUUAUUAUUACUCCGACUGCAGUGUGAUGGCAUACAGGUUUUACAUAUACUAAGGAAAGAGCUGAAUGCCACUAAAUACUUUUAGCUCAAAGCUACAAAGUAUUUUUUUUUUCAGAAAAUAAGGACCUAUUUGAGACUGAACCUAAAUAAACUAAAUCUGUGCUUAUUAGUUUUUCUGUAAGAACCUGACUUGUUUAGGCUAACUUGGGAAAAUACAGGUUCUUAGUUGCAGGUUUUUACUAGUAAUUAAAUUUGAUGGAAAAAAGAUGAUCAAAAAUUAACAUAGCCAGAUGAGCUUAUUUACAACUCCAUUUUUCAGCCCUGCAAUUUAUUUAAGGCUGUCUUUUAAACGAACCACAAGAACACCAUGUAUUUUUAUUUUCAUCUUUAAUAAAUUCCAGACUAUUUAAAUGAUCUGUUUAGAAAAUCCUCUUAACAGAUGGAAUAGCAAAAUGUGAAUUAAUAAAUCCUUUGAUCAAACUGUCUUCUGCUUUUCUCUUGCCAAACCAUCUUUCCCUACAGAGGAGCAAAGGUUGUAGCAAAUCAGAAAAAUAAAACAAAGACAAGAGGCUACACCUGAAACCCCUCUUUACUGUUACUUUAACACCCAGGGAGAAGGUUAUGGUACUUCUAUACAGGUAUGUGCCAUGGAAUAGGGAGUGGGUUUUGAGAUGAUCAGUCUUUAUCAUACACUACUUGGCUUGGCUUUCUGAUCCUUUAGUAGGGUUCCUUUGUAAAAUUAUACUAGCUCACCGUCAGUACAUAACCCUCAGGGGUUUCAAAAUGUUUUAAAGUAGGCAGCCGAAUCUGGAGGCUGGGGACACUGGAAUUGCUGGCAACAUACAAUCAAGGAGCCGAUGGAACUCCGGUGGUCACCGGCUUGUUUUGAAACCACUGAAACCUCUGUUUAAAACUGAAGAUACAUUGAUGGGAUCAAGAUAUGAACUUGAGCCGAGAGCUACUGAACAAUAAAAAAACACUCUUUUUAUGCAAAUCAAGCCGUUUGAAGAUUGAAAUAGGAGUGUAAACACUUUUUGACACAAAAAAGAUGUUUAUAAUUAUCUACAUUUACCCAAUAUUUCCUAGACCUUCACUUGUUGGGGAUUGUGUGUUAAAACAACUUGGACAUUGCAUUGAAACCCUGUUGUCAAGGAUACAACUAAGAAGAGAUGGUAUAUAUUUGACUGUAUUUUUCAGUAGAUACUGGAAAAGAAUCAAAAAUGCAUUGUGAAUCUAAGCAUUAAGAUUUUGAGCCAAAUACAGGAUUAAAGGACGUUAGUCAAAAACAAGGAAUGUGGAUAUUUUUUUUGGAAAAAGGAAAUAAAUACAGCUUGAAUGUCUCAGGGCUGGUUUGCACGUUUCUAAAAUUCAUACAUCUAAUUUAUUGAAAAUAUUUGGAUGUUUUUUUUAGAACAAUAAUAAUAUCAUUGAUCAAUCAAAUAAAGUAGGUGAAUAAAAUUUCAGUAUUUCCUUUAACACUAGAAGAAAAACUGUUGUAUACAUACUAAUUAUACACAGCUGUAUAUCAUUAUUAUUAUGGUUCAAUUUUAUCCCUGGAUAAUUUUAGUUUUUCCUUUCUGUCAUGCUCAUUAUCAUACAUUUUCAUACCCAAAAACACAGGAAAAAUUUAAAUUGAAGUAUAAAGCAGAAAAAUAAAAAUACUGUCCAUGUAUGGCCAAAAAAAAAAAAUGAUCACUGACUCACUCAAAGCUGCACUGGGUGACUGUUUGUCCUAAAAAAAAGGUUUGAACUAAGAAGACCACUGUCAACCUUAUUAAAAAGUUACAGAGUAAAAACAUUGUUAUUAGGAAACAGAAAAACCAUUCUACUGAAGUGAAUUAAUGCAGUAUCCUUCAAAUUUUGGUUCCAUAAACUUACAUGUAUUGUUUCUAGUAACAAAGCAAGUCUUAAGAUGAAAUUUUCAUGUUACAGAACAAAAAAUAUCCUUCCCUUUUCCAGGGAGGCCAUUUUCUCCCAACAACUCCCUACCAAGUAGAAAUUUCAUUCAAGUUUCAUAUAACAUACUUUUUGUUUGUUUUGGCCAUGAAGACCCCCUCUCCUUACAACUUUUCAAACAAUGCAAAUAUCCCUUAUGCAAAACUGUCUUACAACAUAGAUUUUAAGGCUCAGCAAGGGAAAAUUGGCAAAAAAUAUACUUCCAGUCCUUCACAUAUAAUAUUGAACUGUCUAUCCCCUACCACACAGAGAGAAAAUAACUGGCAAUGCAAUUUUGCUUAUCUGUGCAAAUUAAGUUUGCUGUCAUUAAGUUUCACAAUCCCCAAUAAGCAACAAUGCACUCUGUCAUACAGUGUAGGUGUGCUGUUACCACCCCUGAAAUCCCCUUAGCAAAAACCUUGCAUUCCUCCCUCUAAAACAAUAAAUUAUGAUCACAGUAAAUGCAGGCAUGUGGUAUCUUUCUGAUACGCUAUCGUAAUCAAAAAAGGCUACUAGUAGUAAUAAUUGAUCAACAAGAUUAUUGUUUGUGUUUUAAUAUUGUUCUUCUUCACCUUCAUCUCCACCUCUCUUGGAGCACCACCUCCCAAAGCAAACGAUCUAUUCUCUGUCACAUUUUUUCCAUUUUGUGUUUUUUACACAGUAAAAUACAGUUUUAAAGAUCCAGUAGAAAGUGCUGUGAGAAAAAGGGUAGUUCUUUAGGAUGUUUUACUGCCCUUUUCUAAUAGUACCACCUGUUAUUUAAGAAUUCCCCUUUCAUCAACCACUUAAAAAAUUAUCUAAUUCUCUUAACUAUUAAAAGCUCACGCUCUAACAUUGAAUAACUCUAAUAUUUCUUUUACUCUACGCUCCUUGUAAUUCUCUCACGUGCAAUAAAAAAGAAAAAUCAGCAAACCUACUAACCUUAACUAUGCGACAUCAUGCCAGAGGGUCUUCGAACAGCAGAAGACUGAGCCCUUGCAGCAACUUCACGUCGAGUUUAUAAAGCCUUCCAGCUGUUAACACUUUAAACUGUGACUAUAAGUUUUUUUCUCCACGGAAUUUCGCUCAGGAUAGGCAAUUUCGAUUGAUCACUUUGAUGAAUCAGAAGCCGCAAAAGCCAAACUCUUAAGUGACGUUCGAUUACAAACAGCGAAAGACUCGCCAUGACAUUCCUCAAAACCAUGCAGUUGAGUGGAAGUUUCUGCAACUUUACGGGGCGUGAUACAGCCUUCCAGCGGUGAACACUUUAAACUGUGGCCAUCGGCGUUUUCCCCAUUCUAUUCCGCUUAGGAAAUUAUAUUUUGAUUGAUGUCUUCUCUAAAUCAGAGGCCGCAAAAGCCGCAAAACGUUAACGACACUCGUUUUGAAACAUCGCAAGACUCGCCAUGACAUUCCUCGCAGCUGCAUGAUAUUUAUCGUUAAAAUAAUACUAAAACUUCUUUGUUUGGUCAUGACAUUUGCUUGAAAGGCCGGCUAUAUACCUUCUUAACAUUCUCGGCAUUCAAGAUACAUAAUUCCGUUAGCCUGUGGGUAAAAAUAACGAGGAAACCAAAUAGCAUCGGGCGUCCAUCUUUGUGCCUCGCGCGAAAACAGAGCAGCAAGUCUGCAACCGGAUGUGAUGUCAUAAAUCGGUGGAUCAUAGGUACACGAAAUUUCGCUAAGUCGUGGCCCCCCCCUGGGUUCAAUUAUUAACAUUGUUAAUUUCUCUCGGAUUUUCACAAUUUACGUGUUUGUUUGCUUCUUAGUAUCGUUUCAUACACAUAUCAACUUUUCUAUCACGAUCACCUGGAUUUGUAUGGGUUUUAAGUAAAUUUAAGUACAUUUAAUCAGCUAUUCAAAAUGGCAGAUCCAAGACGGCAGAUGGUUCUAGAUACUUCUUUAAUAACAAUGAGGUCAUCAUCACAUCAGUGAAUGAUUAAGCCAACUUCUUGAUUUUGUCAGACUCCAGACCCCUUAUUAUUUGAUUAUUGCUCGGAGGGGAAAAAUUGAUGAAAUCUGGAUUCUACCAAUAAAUUCAACAAUAUCUCAGUUUUUGUAAAUGAUAAGUACAUUAUUCUGUGUAAUUUUGGACGGUAUCAUGGACGGUUUUGAAAUUAUAGCGGUCGGCCUCUGAAGCCCCCCAGGUCACAGGAGGCAAAAAAACAGGAUAAUAAUAGUAAUAAAGCUUGGUCUGAACGGGGCCAAAUUAAUAUUACAUUCAAGUGAUAAAAAAUUCUGAGGAAAGUUCUUAUUUAAAAGACUGAGUAAGUAGAUGCACGUCCUUCGAAUUUUCAAAUAACGUCCUUUACAAAAAAAAAUACUGUAAGUUCUGACGCGUUUGCUGAUGCCUUAAAAGGGAUAAGGUCAAAAUGAGACGUAAGGUGUAAAUAUAACGUUUUCAUAACAAACGAAGUCUUCACAAGAAACAUUUGAUAAAAUCACCCUUUUCGUUUUCAUUCUAAGACCUAAACCAAGGGUUACAUUAUCUUUCCGCUUAUAAGAUUUAGCUAAGAUUUUGAAGCGGAACUUACAUCCUAAAGAAAUAUUGAGAAACUCCUCCUGUAUCUCUAGAAAGUUAAGGCAACAUAUAUGCAUGAGAAAACAGAUAAAGUGUGUUCUGAGCGUUUACCUUUAAUCUGAUUGCUUUCUUGUUAUCUAUGUUUGUAUUAAGGUGGUACACCUUAUCCGCGAAUAGCAGGACGGAAAAUGGCUGAGUUACUUCUUGAAGGCUACAGAAUGCCCAAGCCAAGUCAUGUGGAUGAUGCUCUGUAA